GACUAAAAAAACUACAAAGACCAGAAAUUUCUGGCGUCUGUUUUUUUUUGUCAUGCGCGUAGCCGGUUCAUGAUGUAAAUUGACAGCUGUAAUACUGGGAGACUGGAAUAAAGGGAAAAGGGGGGUAGACUGGAUAUUGGAAAGAUGCGAUUUAAGCGAACAAAAAUCUCGCUACAAGAGUAGAAGUUGCUUGUAUUUGGCUUGAGAUGGUGUAUUUGAGAAAAGCGGCGCCUUAGCAUUUUGGUUUCUGGAAAAUCGAAUAACAUUAAUGAAGAAGAAAUUAGGACAGUCACACCCAUAUCUUCUCGGGACAUUCCCGAUCAGUGUUAUAUAUUUAUGACUGCGUGUUUUUAGGAUGCUGAUUAUUUAAUGGGUAUUUUUUUUUGCCAUUGGAGAAACGGGGGGGUCGCUAUAAAAUAAAGCUGUAUGUAUUUCUAUUUGUAAUGUAAAAUGCUUUGCUGAUUCAGGACUAGUGUGACGAUGACUCAUUUGGCGAGUACGUUUGAUAAGUGUUACAAUUGAUUGAGUUCCGCGAUACAUUAAUAGCGUUCAGCAUGAAUGUAACAAUGUAUACUUUUGUCGCCCGAGAUGAAAACAGCAGUGUUUUUGCCGAUGUGGCCAAAAGGCUCGUCUCCACUGGACAAUGGAAGCGACUGAAAAGAGACAAUCCUAGAUUUAACUUAAUGCUGGGAGAAAGGAACAGACUGCCGUUUGGAAGACUGGGUCACGAACCAGGAUUGAUGCAGCUUGUGAAUUAUUACAGAGGAGCUGACAAACUGUGUCGAAAAGCAUCAUUAGUCAAACUAAUCAAGACCACUCCAGAACUGUCCGAAUCAUGCAGCUGGUUGCCUGAAUCCUAUGCGAUCUACCCCACCAAUCUCAAAACCCCUGUUGCUCCAGCCAAGAAUGGCAUCAACCACAUGAUGAAUAACCCAAAGACAGAUGAGCGUGAGGUGUUCCUGGCGUCUUACAGCCAGAAGAAGGAGGCUGGCGAAGGCUCUGUGUGGAUAGCCAAAUCCUCUGCGGGGGCUAAAGGGGCUGGAAUUCUCAUCUCUUCAGAUGCCAAUGAGCUUUUAGAGUUCAUAGAUAAUCAAGGCCAAGUUCAUGUGAUUCAGAAGUACUUGGAAAGACCUCUACUGUUAGAACCUGGCCAUCGCAAAUUUGAUAUCAGAAGCUGGGUGCUGGUGGAUCACCAGUACAGCAUCUACCUCUAUAAGGAGGGUGUGCUGCGGACAUCCUCUGAGCCCUACGACAGCUCCGACUUGCAGGACAAAACCAGCCACCUGACAAAUCACUGUAUCCAAAAGGAGCACUCGAAAAACUAUGGCAAAUACGAAGAGGGCAACGAGAUGUUUUUCGACGAGUUCAGUCAGUAUUUAUUAAACUCUCACAAUACUGCCCUGGAUAGCAGCAUUUUACCUCAAAUCAAACAUAUAAUAAGGAGUUGCCUUCUGUGUAUCGAACCUGCAAUCAGCACCAAGCACCUGUCUUACCAGAGCUUUCAGCUGUUUGGAUUCGACUUCAUGGUGGAUGAAGAUCUGAAAGUCUGGCUGAUUGAAAUCAAUGGAGCACCAGCGUGUGCCCAGAAGCUUUACCCUGAGCUCUGCCAAGGAAUAGUGGAUGUGGCGAUCUCCAGCAUUUUUCCCUUGAGUGACUCUUCGCAGAAGCCACCCAGCCAGCAGUCCCCAUUUAUCAAGCUGUAAAUAGAAGAGGACCUCUGCUAUUUCAAAUUCAAGCUGUUAUUUUUUUCCCCAUACCUCGUGCUUUCCUGAUACCAUCAGUCGCGCUGGUUUUAAUUUGAGUGCCAAGUGAAACGGGAGGAGCAAUCUCUUGAGUGCACAGUAGGCAGGGAAGUACAGCGCUAAACAAAAAAAUGGAAUACACUUCAAAGUAAACCCAAAUGCCACCGAUACUAGAUUGGCACAGAACUUUUUUAUUCUUGCAAAUUCUUCUCCAUUUGGAAUAUUCCAAAAUGUAGCCCACAUAUUGUUGUUUAUUAAUCAAUGGCUAUUUCAUUGCAGUAGGAAUAUGGUAUAUCAUGGAGCGCUGCUGGUCAGAAUUUAUUAAUAUCAAAAGGAUUGCAAAACAUGCAGAAGAGGUGGUCUUUUCACAGUAAGUGACUGUGAGAGGUAGAUUUCUGAAUUGCUGUAUCACCCUCAGUGGUCUUAAGGACGGCAGCAUGGUUGUAAGAUCUCAAUAUUUUACUUUUUAUCAUACAGGACCUUUGACUUGAGUGCCUUACAUCAUGCCCCCACCCCACCUCCAAGUAUAAUAACAAUCCUAUUUUUAAGCUUUGUGCAAAGUAGCGUAAACUAGCAAGUAUAGUAACACUGUUCAAUAUUUACCUUUGACCCUUUACUGUUGACAGAGCUGUCAUUAUGACUGAACUCUGAUUGGAUAUCUCUUUCAGGAAAUCUGCUCACUGACAAAGCAAUCGUGAUGCAAUCAGAGAUUCAUCAUACAGUACAUGCAUGUUUUACCUGCUUUUUAAAUCCCUGUAUUAAUGACAGGACUUCUCAAACCAUACUGAUGUCUGCAGGAGAGCGGUGGAACUCCUGUGUCUGUGAGCUCACUCUUAGCCUCUUGCCUGUAGGUUCCUGUUCUAGUGUAAUUGAUGUGUGUAGCUGACAUCUGAAACUCCACUCGUGUCCUCAUGUAAAUUUUAAAUCCCCUGCCAGGAUAAAAAGCUGUGCGCUUUGUUCAUUUAAGACAUUAGCACCUGAGUAAUUGCACUGUAGUGCAUCCAGAACUGUGGUGUCCAUUAGGCUAAUAGCUUUUUCGCUGUUCGAUUGUCUGCUUCGUGUCUCUACCAGUAAUGUAACCACACAACCCAUAUCUAAUGAAUAAACUCUGGUCAGCCUAUUCUAGUAUCCAAGUGCUUAACAAUUCACUGUCGCCUCCUGAAACCGGGUUGGCAAAAGUUGUUUUUAAAAAGUUGUAUUAUAGGCCUAGUGUAUCAUGUUCUUUUUAAACUGAAGGAAGUUAUGCAGUCAGUGGAGCCAGUGUGCAUCAGUAUUUAUUUUGAAUCAUAUAUCUAGUCAGUUGGUGACCCUCGAAUUAUGGCGUUGGGAAGAAUGAAGUUCAGUUACUAUUUGUGUUUAUGGAUUUUGAUUUGCAUCUGUCGUAUAUGGAUCUAUCGUUAUAUUUAUGCUGUUCAAAACAAGCCUGCAUUUGUAUUUUUAGAAUGAUCUUAAUAAUAAUAUAAUAAAUAAUAAUAAUUUUAGCCUAGAGUUAUUGUUUGUAUAUCUUUAACCAGAGUUCUCCAACCUGCAGGACCAGUACAGUAGCAGCGCAAUGACAUGUUGAGGACUGAAUGAUUGAAUCAUUCUUCAAGUUUAAUCCGGUUUAGCUGGAUCAUUGAAAAUGCGACCAAUAAAGACCAAGAAAUAAAACAGAAAAAAACCUAUGGUAUUAUCCUUCAUACUCCGCACAAUAUAAUUGGCUGCUGGUAGGCGGAUCAGAUUCAGACCACAAGUAAAAAAAGUAAAAUGCGGAUGAGGAAGAUGUAUGGAAAAAUACUAAAUUGAGGUAACCAGGAAAACAUACAUGGAAAGUUCAAACUAUGCUAUGCCACUAAAGAUGAAUAUCUAUUUUUUUUUUUUUUUAUCAAUUUAAUAUUUUCACAAUAGAAUAACCCUUUGAAGGCUUGGUAAGUUUAGUAGAUAUUAAUUAUUUCUUUUGCAUGACCCUGUUGACUGGAAAUCUAAACAGUGUUUACAGGAUGGAACACAGAUCUUUGGCACUAAUUUGUAGGAUUUUAAACUGCCUUGUUUUGCUUAGUAUAUAUACUCGCAGUUUUAAAGGCGAUAAUGUUAUAGCUCUUUACUAAUUGUUUUAUUUAUUUAUUUUUAUUUAUUUAGUGCUGGGACUCAAAUAACUUCUGUUUAGGUUCUCUCUGGCACCUAAAUGUUCUGUGCCAGUUGUUUCAUUACAGGUAAUACAGCCUGACUGGUUAAUGAAGCAGUUAAUAAUACAAAGUAGGUCUGAAUAAUUCAUACUUAAAGAAUCAGCACUGUGUGUACAUUUAGCUUGGAGGAAAUAAGUUUUAUGCAGACAAAUUUGUAUAUAGCAUAUUGUUCAUCAAAAUGCCUUAUGUAUUUUAGUGUUAGGAUCAUUUUACUGAAGCGCAGUAAUGCGUUUAAAAUACAACAGAAUAAUCAGUGUUGGCUUGAAAAACAGCAUAAAGAGAUUAUGAUUUGCUUUUUCCUAAAUAGUCCAGUUUGGUUCCAAAUGUAAUCUAAAAAUGACACAUAGUACUUAACCUGUAGACUGCAAAAUAUAUGCAUUAUGAAUGCAAAAACCUCUUCAGUGUAGUUAUUGAUAAUACAGUUAUUUCCUAAAGGCUGUCUUUCAAGGUCAUAGUAUUGGCUGUUUAGUUUGCUCGAAGUUAUAUCGACUGUACUGGUACUUGAUACUUGAUUGUGUUUCUGAUGGAGAUGGGUAACAGCCCACUGAUCUUGAAAAGGGAUACUCUAGACUUCUUACAGAUUUUUAGGAAAUAAAAGAUUACUAAACACAGUUGUAAAGGAUAUGUCACCCCCUUCCUGGAAAGAAUUCACUGUGUAUGCAAGUGAAUGUAGGUAUGAGACAACCGUACAGAGGAAUGUUGACGGGAGAUUCUUUGUCUAGGAAGAAUUGAACGUGCCUGGUAGAAUAUGUGCAGUUUGAAAAGAAUGUUUCAGAUUAUUUUAUUGUUUAGUGUUUAAUUAAACUUUUUUUCUUGUAUCACUGAACAAGAUAGUACCGUUAUGUUGCAUUAGUUACUGUAGCUUAUCUAUGUUAGACAAAACAAAAUAAUAAUUGUGUGUGUGAACCAGUAGACUUGUUAGCUUACUGUUCAAAAUGUAUAAAGUAUUUUUACAAUGCAGUGUUUGUAUUCAGAAUGAAUAACAUUCAAUACAAACUAUUAGCAACUGUAUUUGCUGUAGCUAUCCACACCAGGAUUUCAUGGCUAUUCCCCCACCUCUGUUAGAUCAACUGUCGCAAAUGUGGAACUCCAUAGUGAACACUGUUGAACUAGUGACACCUGCAGGAGGAGGUGGGAACUUCGAUCAGUUGCAAAUCCUGCUUACUGCAGCUCAAACUGCCUAACUGGUUGUUGAUAAUUUGACUUUCCUCACCACCAAAGAUGAUGCCCUCAGACCUAUCCUGUCUGACUGAAAACAGGGUUAUAAGCCCUGCUGGGACUGAAACUCACAGUACACUGUAACAAGACAGAAUUGACUGUGUUUCCACUGACCAAACCCAGUUCUAAAAAACGAUCUCAAUGAGUGCUGUUAGGAUUCGCUCCAGGUUCAUUUGGGCAUUGGAGAGUGGUUAACUGAGCUUGCUAAGUACAGAUCUCAAUACAGGAAAAUAUAUCAUACUACUAACUGGAUCUGGAUAUCAAACCUAUUGGUCAUCGGUGCCACACACGACUUUCCAAUUACGUAGACAUCUGCGCCCAACUGUUGGUGGAAAGUAUUACCUUUAAAUUUGGGAAUCAAACAGCACAGCAAUUGCUGAGUGAGUUUGUGUGUCCCUUAGUCUUCAAAUGAUGUGUUAGCAGUGCUGCAGUCACAUAUGGUUAAUUAAUAUCCCACAUCAAGUUAUCUACAUGCUUACAGAACUGAAUGGGAAUUUUUAUAGCACUUUUCUCUAUCAGCAGGGAAGCUCUGUGCAAUAAUUAAUGUAUGUAUUGCUCAUUAUACUAUGGGGAAAAAAUGAUGUUAUUUAUCAUGAACCUGGAGUGCAAACUAUGUGAGGAGAUCAAUGCCUCUAGCAUAUCAUCAGUCUGUAAAGUGUCACCUAAUGGCAUCAUAUGUGUCAAUCAAAAAUAGAUCCUGUGUGCUACUCUUGUUUAACAGAUUUGUGCAUGGUACCUUUACAUCUGUAUUCAGAACACUAUCAUGAAAAAUAAAUGUAAAUGUGUCUCA